AUGAUUAUGAUUUUCAUGAUUUUUGUGAUACAUGCCAAAGACAUAAGUAUUAUUUACUAUUAUUAUGAAAGUAAUGGAUAUUAACUUAAAUGAAGUUGUUUAAGGCAACAUAAUUGAGUUUGAUUAGGAUACCUAUAUAUUGAGAGUCAGGGAUCCUAAUUAUUUCAAACAUUAAGCUUUAAUCUUAAAUGCAUUUUCAUAACAUGAAAAUUAUAAAGUUUAUGUUAAUUGUGAUACGUAAACACUCAAUUGAACAAAAUUAGGUAGCCAAAUUUGUUUCAUUAGUAUUAAUGGUAAUCCACAUCUUUGUAAUCAUUAUAAAAAUAACUAAAAAUUUCAUAUCAACAAAGAUUAUAUGAAAAUUGUUCAGAUGAUAUUUUUUUUAUAACAGUUCUUUCGGAUACAACUUCAACCUAUGAAUUAGUAAUUUUUCUUUUUGAUGGAAUUCAUUCUCUAGAAUAUAACAUUCCUUUUAAGUAUUUAAUCUUUGUUAAAAUCAAGUGGAGAAUUGAUACCUCAAGAGAUUCUUUAGUUUAAAGUUUAACCCAGUUAUUUAAAUGAAGAAAUCAUUGUAGAAAUUAAAUUAGAGUAAGCAAAAAAAUAUUUAAAAAAGUGCACUCAAAAGGAUUGUUUUAUUACUAAACUUGAUUACAAAAAUACUUAAAAUGAGAUGUUUUUGGAAAAUGAUUCAUAUAAAUUUAUUAAUUCAAAUUGUGAGAAUUGUUACUAUCUUAUUGGUUUAUUAAGCGAUUAUCAAUAAGACUAUAGGAUAAUAUAAAUUAAUAAUCACUCUCAUAUUUUCUUAAAAGAAGGCCAUUUUGAUUAAUUACAAAUUGAUCAAAAAUCUGCAAUUUAUUAUAGUUAUCAAAUAUCCGAUAUUUAGAAUAUUAAGAAGUCAAAAUUUUAUUUAACCCAUAUAAUUGGUAGUUGUAUGCUUUACGGAAGUUCUUAUAAUUUAUAUCCUAAUUAAACGAAUUACGAGUAGAAAGACGAAUUUUAAAUAAUAAUUAAUAACACUAACAAAUAUUUCUUAACUGUUUUCACAACUUCUUAUUGUAAAUAUAGCAUUCAUAUCUAAGUGGAAAGAGACUAAAUUAUUAAUUCAACUCUAUUUAAAUAAUUACAAAAUGGAAUAUCUGAAUUACACUAAUAAGUUGAGUUAUACAGUUUUUUUAUGAUUUAAUUAGAAUUAUAAACAAAUUUUACUAUUACAUUGUAGAGUAAUGUAGGAGAUUUCAUAAUGUUUGUCAAAUCAAAUAUAAAUGAUAAUGAAAUACCUGACAGCAAUUCUUUUUAAUGGAAAGGCUCUAAAUAAAUUGAUAUAAAAAUUGACUAAUAAAAUCAAGCAAAAUUUUAUUAUAUAGGAGUUUUAUCCUUAAAUUCUUAAGGAGAAUUUUAUAUUGAAUAUAAUUUAGAUGUUGAAAUUAAAUCUUAUGAAAUAGGAAAUUAGAUAAAAGAUUCUGUAAACGAGAAUUAAAUUAAUUAUUAUAAACUACCAAUGGUUGGAAAAGACUUAGUACUAAUCAAAUAAAUAUAUUCAGAGAAUUUAAUUUCUGAUUUAAUAAUUUACAUAUCUUUAACUCAAACUAAUACAUUUCCGAACGAACUGUUAAAUGAUUAUGUGUUUUUAAAUUAAAGCUUAACUAUAUAAAAGGAAGAAGUACUUUGUAAUAGCAAUCAAAAGUAAAAUAGAACUUAAUGUUUAAUAUAUUUAUCAGUAACAUCGAAAAAUGGACUGAUAAUCUAUAAAAUUUUUGCUAACUAACUAAAUAAUAAGAUAAGAUUAUAUGAAGGAUUUCCUUUAAAAUGUAAAUUCUAAUAAGAUGCACUGUUUUAUUACAUUUUAAAUGAAAAUGAAGUGAUGAUUUAGUGGUAAUCUGAAGGAAGAAGUUAGGCUAAUUUAUUAGCAUAUUUAGGAUUCUUAAAUGACUCGAGUACCUAUUAUGUAGAAUUUAAAUCUUAAUCAUAAAAUUUAAAUAAUUCUAUAUAAACAAUCAUUAUUCCAGAAAAUAAUUAAAAUUAUGUAUUGUAUAUUUUGGUUUAACUAUCACAAAAGCAUUUUGAAAAUGAGGGUUAUUCAAUAGGUGUUUAUGAAACUAUAAAGAUUCUAAAAAAAUAAGAAAGGAUAAAAAAUAAUAUUUAAAAAGGAUAAAUUUAAUUCUAUAAAUUGACAUUAACUGAAAAUAUAAAAUCCAUAAUUUUUAAUAUUUAAGUUUAAGGAAGCUAAGAUUCUAUAAUUGUGUUAUUCUAAUAAAGUUAAAAUAGUAGACCUAAUAUCUUAGAUGACUCAAUUCAAGUGUCUUUAAGAAUUAAUUCAUUCUAUAUAUUUGGAAAUGAUUAAUCAAUAUAUUUUGAAAAAGAUUAAUAUAUGUUAAGAAUAUAAGGAUUAGAAGAUUGUGAGCUCUAAAUAAGUUAUGAAUUGUAAGAUGUUUAUUUCUAGUUUAUUCCAAAUGGAUAUAUUCCUCUUGAAAUAUUAUAAGAUAGCAUACCUACUGUGUAUUUAUAUAUUGAGAAAGAAUCAUUUAAAAUUAUUUUAGCUGUAUUUAGUGGUGCAAUUUAAAUAAGAGUCAAAUGUUUCUUUGAAAGAAUAGACUCAUUUGAUUUUGCUGAUUCAUUUAUUUUAGAUGAUAUAACUAGAAAAUUUAAAUUAUAUCAAUUUAAUGCUUGCUUAUCUGAGUAAUGCUAUUAUCUAAUUCAAAUUAUUAAAAUUUAAGAAAGGACUUAAGGAACCAUUUAAAUUUAAAGAAAUAAACAGACAAUUGAAUUAUUAGAAAAUACUUAUUAAUUUCAGAUGCUUAGAUAACAUUAAAUUGUAGAAUAUAUUUAUACAUCUUAAUAUAAUUUUUUUAUUAAGUUAGACCAUGUAUUUGGAUAUAUUUAGGUUGAAGUUAAAGAAGAAAAUAACUCAUCUGAUUAUUAACAAAACUCAUAAAAUACUUAAGUUGUUAAUAAUAGCACAAUAAUUGAUUAUUUUAGAACAUCUUAUUAAAUAGAAAAAUUUGUAAUAAAAAUUUAAUGUUUAACUUAAAAUGCUACAUUUUAAAUUUUAAUCUAGAGAAAGAAUAGGAGAAUGUCUAGUCUUAAUUUAGGUUAGAUCAUAGAUAUGUAGUUGGCAAAACCAGAAAAAGUUACGUUUUAUUAUUAAUCUUUAAGAAAUGAUUAAAACAGUAAUGAUACAUCAAAAUUUCUAAUUUUACAAAUUUAAAGUGUUUUUCAUUCAAUUGAUAUUUUUGAAAUUUAAAUUAAACAUUCAACUACUAAUAAAAUAGUUUACAUUAAAAAAUAAUUUUAGAGAGGUAUUUAUUUUAAGCUAUAUGAUGUAUUUGGUAUGUAUUUUUUGAUAAUUACUCCAAUGCAAAGUUUGUCAUACAUAAAAAUUAUUCUAACAGAUGAGAAUACUAAUAUAUUGAUUGAUGGAAUUCCUUAGUAUUAAUUAACAAGGGUUGGAUAACCUAACUUUUAUUAAGUAUCAUUUUAAUAAAAUUCUACUUUACUUUUAGAAGUAGUAGCAUGUAAAGGGAGUGUUUUAAUUCAAGGAACAUCAAAUCCUUCUAAUUUAAAUAAACAAAUUUUUGAAAUUCAAAUAAUGAGUAAACCAUAAUAAUACUUCAAUACUAUACUUAAAUUAGAGCAAGGAAUUUAUUAUUUCUUAGUUAAAUUGAUAUCAAGUUCUGUAAAAGAUGAAAAAUAAAAUAGAAUAUCUAAAUAUUAUAUUAGAUAAUAGACUUUUUAAAGAUCUAAUCCAAUUUCAUAUAAUUCAUUUUGGUUUAAGAAUUUAAAUUUAAAUUGGGAAAUUAUCAAAAAUGAACUAACCUUAGAAAUUCCAAAUUUAAUUUAUGAUAGUCAAUUUAUAUAAAAUCUUCCUUUUUCAAUAUACUAUAUUAUAUAAGUAUGCUAAUAAGAUGAGAUUAAUUGCUUUUAUGAAUAAUAUACAAUUGAUAAAUAAAAUAAGACUUAAUUUCUUAGAAUUAUAGAUUAAUUACCCAAAGAGUAAAGUAUCAAAGUAAAUCUUGGAAUUUAGGAUUAAUCAAAAAUGUUCAUAAGUAUAAUAGGAAAAGUAGAGAUAGAAUAAGAUUUAGAGUUAUAAGAAUUAACAUUUCCAUUUCCCAUUACAGAGUUGGAUAUUCAAGUUAUGUAAGAUCAAGAAGUGAAUUAUCAUUAAGGCUAUUUAAUAUUAAUUUUAAUAAUUUUGAUAUUAUUAAUUAGUAUUCUAAUGUAUAGAAAUAGAAAAAAAAAAGUAAAAAAUUAGAAAGUAGUAAUAUAAAAGAUAGAAAUGAAUUAUUAAAAAAUAUAAAUAAAAUGA